AUGGCACAAAGCCAAUCCACAACACAUAUGGAACUAGAUAUUGAAAACCAAUCGACGCUAGUGACAGACGCAAAUAUAAACAUAAAAGUUACAAAUUCCGUCGAUAAUUCGGAAACCUCAUCAAAAGAUACCCUAUUACACGGAGUUAAAUUAUUUUUAAUUACUUUUGAUCUGGGUUGUGCCGUAUUUUUAGCUGCGUUAGAUCAAACAAUUGUCUCUACCGCUUUGCCUAAAAUAGUUUCUGACUUUAAUGGAUUGAAUCAAAUUCCAUGGGUCGCAGCAUCAUAUUUACUCACAAUGACUUCCUUUCAACCAAUUUACGGAAAAUUAUCCGAUAUUUUUGGUCAUAAAGUAAUAUUCUUGGUCGCAAUUUCCAUUUUUGAAUUAGGCAGUUUGUUAUGUGGUCUUGCUACCGAUAUGAUUUCAAUAAUAAUAUACCGCGCAAUAACUGGUAUCGGAGGUGGUGGUAUCAUGGGUGCUAAAGACCAAGGAAAAUAUCAAGGCAUUAUUGGUGCAUGUUUUGGUAUUGCUUCUGUAGCUGGACCUCUCUUGGGUGGUGCGUUUACUGAUCAUGUAAAUUGGAGAUGGUGUUUCUUAAUAAAUCUUCCACUAGGAGCAAUAACAAUACUCGUUGUAAUUUUCUUGCUUCGUAUGCAGAAACCAACUGGAUCAUUACUUGAAAAACUUAAGAGAGUUGAUUUUCUUGGUAUCAUUAUAAUAAUCUUAUCAACUGUUUGUAUAUUAUUACCUCUUAAUUGGGGUGGUAGCACUUAUGCUUGGGAUAGCCUUGUGAUAAUAGUGCUUCUAUGCGUCGGCAUAGUUGGUUUCAUAAUAUUUGGUAUUGUUGAAACUUACGUCGCUAAAGAACCUGUUGUUCCACCAUAUUUAUUCAAAAAUCUUAAUAUAGUUUCAGUUUUCCUAUCUGCCUUAUUCCAGGGAAUGACAUUCUUUAGCAUAAUAUUUUAUGCCCCUUUUUACUUCCAAGUAGUAAAAAAUGAUUCUGCCACACAAUCUGGAAUAGAUUUUAUGCCUUACAUUCUUGGUGCAGUAGUGUCCUCAAUAUUAAUUGGCCAAUUAUUCUCUCGAACUGAGAAAAUAUCAUUUAGAUUUGUGACAUCAGUUGCUUCAGCAUUGACUGUAAUCGGUUGCGGAUUAACCUCAAUGUGGAAUGUAAACAGUGGAUACGGUGAAUAUAUAGGGUACUUGAUAAUUAGUGGUGCUGGUAUUGGUAUAACUUUUCAAUCUCUUCAAUUGUGCGGUCAAGGAUUAGUUGAAAACAAAUAUAUAGCUUCUUUUACUACUUUAACAUUAUUCUUUAGAAUCAUCGGUGCUGUUUUCGGAGUUACAAUAUCAGGAGUAGUAUUUAAUAAUAGGAUUGCUCAAUUAUUGAGUACAUUAACUUUACCUCCUUAUUUUUCAACACAAUCUGUAUAUACUAUAUAUGAAUUACCACUUGAUACACGAACUUUAGUUAUUAAUGCUUAUGUGUCAGCAUUUAAACUCACCUUUGAGAUUACAGCACUUUUCGGUGGACUAAUGUUAAUUUCAUCUUUGUUUAUGGGAAAUAGUAAACCUAAACAUGA